AUUUAACACACACACACAGAAACAUGGCGGAGUGGAGCAGUGGGGGUUUCAUCGGCUGAGCUGUCGGCAGUUCUAGCCCCACAGAAGUACACUCAAUAUCAGUGGAAGGGUGCCACCGUGUUGUGAGGACACUGCGUGUGGAGGCGGGCUGAGGUUGACCUCCAACCGGGUGUUUGUCGGAUUUUUUCCUCCGAAAUAGAGGCGAGAAGGGAGCCACGAAAACAAGUCAGACAUGAACGGGGAAAUUGUUUGCAGCGCUCAUUCAGUGACAGUCUUAAGCUGCACCAAGCCCACAUCAGCAAUCCAGGAUGAGAAGACGACCAUCAGGCUGACCCAGGAGGGGAGAUGCUCUCCCAUCCACCCCCUGCAGAGUGAUGCUCAGAGGCAGGCAGAGGGCAGGGCAGCCGACACCAUCAACGCUACGCCGAGAGACGCAAAGUCUGACUUCACGGAGACGGCGAGCACCUAUAGCCAGCGUUCACCCUGCUGGUCAGAUGAACAGCUGUUACCUCCGCAGCUCCACUGCCUUCGUUCCCCCGCAGAGGCCCCCCUGCCCCUCGGUAAAACCUUACCUCACACCCCCCUCCAGGCCAGCAACAGCAGCUCGCUUCACCAGAGGAGAGGCGCUUGGACCAACAGCAAGGCAAAGAAAACUUCACAGAGGACACAUUCUCGUCCUAAGACUGGAGGAAAAAACUCUCAAAACCGAAAAGUUACUGACUUCUACCCAAUAAGACGAAGCUCCAGAAAAAGUAAAACAGAACUGAAGUGUGAAGAAAAGAAGCUCAUAGACGACCUGAUCAUGAAUGGAAUAGAGGAAGGAAUGGAGGUGCAGCAUAUAGAAGGAAAGGGGAGGGCGGUGUUCACCAAUCGUUGUUUCCAGAAGGGCGAUUAUGUGGUGGAGUAUCACGGAGACUUGCUGCAGAUCACCGACGCCAAGAAGAGAGAGGCCGAAUACGCUCAAAAUCCCGCUACUGGCUGCUACAUGUACUACUUCCAGUACCUCUGCAAAACAUACUGCGUGGACGCCACCAAAGAGACGGGCCGGAUGGGCAGGCUCAUAAAUCACAGUAAAAACGGGAACUGCCAAACCAAACUCCACGACAUCGGCGGCAUCCCUCACCUCAUCCUCGUCGCCUCGCGAGACAUCGACAAGGGGGAGGAGCUUCUUUACGACUACGGAGACCGCAGUAAAGCCUCCAUCGAUGCCCACCCCUGGCUGAAAUACUAACACCCAGGAAAGGGAAGCAACACUUGUGUUUCUUAUUAGCUCGUGUACAAAAUGCCUUAGAAACAGAAUGUGUCCCCUUUCAGUAGCGAUGAGGAUGAUGAAGGUGGGUUUAGUUAGUGGCGGGUGGGUUUAUCGGGUUCGUGUUAUAUUUGAUUGAGCUUCAUCUACUCCGUCAGAGGACAUGUGUACUUUUAUUUCUGUAUAUGAACCAUUCUGGUUGCUCUGCAGCUUUUGUUUUGUACAUUUUGUACUUGGUCCUGACCGACGACAGCAUGCAGCCGGCCGGCGACACUCACAGGUUUUAUACAGAUUUUUUUAAGGAUCAGUUAGCAAUACUCCACGUACGGCCUCCCAGCUCCUCCUGGAUCACACACAACUACCAGAUGCAAAUGAUAAAAACUCUUUUAAGAAAUGGGUUCUGCUCAAGUGGCUUUCUGUCAUCGAAGCGGCGUGUCUCUGCUGGUGUGUGUGGUGUCGUCACACAGACCAGACGCGAGAAUAUGCGGCGACACUGGAUCCAGUUAAGAUGUGAAGCAAACUUGUGUUGAACAUUAAGAACUGGUGAGGUGACACAGAGAACAGAAAUGAACUGUAUGAGUUUAUUUCCUUUUGUUUUUUUUAGGAUAAAUUGUAUUUUAAUAUAAAUGCAGCAUACAUUUGGAUUCUCGUGUAGUUUUUCCUAAUAAGACAAAUGUGUGUGAAGAUUUGUUUGAUUAAACAUCUGCAGAUCUUUAGCUUCAGUCUUCCAUAUUUAUAUCAGAACCUCGAGAUUAGAUUUUAUCUGUUUAGCUUCACGUAGAAUAGAAACUCUCCAGCUCUCUGUGUUCCUGCUCUGUAAAUAUAUUUAUUUGUUUGCUGUCAUGGAUCUGAGGUGGAUUACUGGAAUAAACUGUAAUGAGUUUCCAACAAACAGAA